ACCAAAGUCACACCCAAAAAAGAAAGAAAAUUAAAUCUCUUUAGCAAUUCUGGGAUUUGCUUUUGUGUUCUGGGUUUUUGAGUUUUCUCUUUUGGGUGCUGUAUUGUGCUCUCAAAGCCUCACAGUUGAGCAGGUAUUAGGAAAUGGAGUCUUCAAAUCCAGAAGAAGUUGCACUUCCACCUCCUCCAGCCAUUAUCCCUCCAAAUGUUGUCCCCAUUGUAUCCGAAGAUCAACGUCUCGAACUAAUGAAGAAAGCAUCAAAUCCAAAACGUGUUCCCAUGGCAAGGCCCGGUAUUGGAUCUAAAGGGCAAAGGAUUCCACUUCUAACUAACCAUUUCAAAGUGGAAGUGAACAAGUCUGAUGGAUACUUCUUCCAUUAUAGUAUUGAUAUGCUUUAUGAGGAUGGAACCCCAGUUGGUGAGAAAGGCAUUGGACGAAAAGUUCUUGACAAAGUUAAAGAAACAUAUGGCUCGGAGCUGGGACAUAAAGAAUUUGCUUAUGAUGGAGAAAAAAGCUUGUUUACGAUUGGCUCUCUGCCUCGUAACAGACUCGAUUUCGUGAUCGUAUUGGAUGGCAUCUCAUCAAUCAGGAGGAUGGGGAGCGCCGAAGGCAGUUCCAACCCAACUGAUAGUGCAGGGGAUAGGAAGAGAGUUAAGAAACAAUAUCAAUCCAAAACAUUAAAGGUGCAGGUGAACUUCGCUACUAAAAUCCCAAUGCAAGCAAUUGUGAAUGCAUUACGAGGUCAGGACUCGGAGCAUUUUCAGGAAGCAGUCAGGGUACUUGAUAUCGUACUAAGGCAGAAUGCAGCAAAGCAGGGUUGUCUCCUUGUCCGACAGUCUUUCUUCCAUAACAAUCAGAGCUUCAAAACUUUGGGAGGUGGUGUACAGAGCUGCAGUGGUUUCCACUCAAGUUUUCGAGCUACCCAAGGGGGUCUGUCUCUGAACAUGGAUGUGUCCACUACAAUGAUCGUGAAACCUGGUAGUGUUCUCGACUUCCUCUUGGAGAACCAAAAUGUUAAGAAUAAUGAUCAGAUUGAUUGGAUUAAGGCCAAGAGGAUGCUAAAAAAUCUAAGAAUCACUGCCCAUCCCUCUAACAUGGAGUACAGAAUCACUGGAUUGAGUGAAAAAUCAUGCAAAGAGCAGAGGUUCUUUCUCAAAACAAAAAAGGGGCAGGAUGGUGAUGGAGAGGAAAUUACGGUUUUCGAUUAUUUUGCUGUCUAUAAAAACUUACCAGUGCGCAAGUCAGCAGAUUUUCCAUGCAUCAAUGUCGGGAAACCAAAGAGGCCGUCUUACUUUCCAGUUGAGUUCUGUGACUUGGUUUCACUGCAACGCUAUACCAAAGCUUUAUCCAGUACACAAAGGGCUUUGCUAGUUGAGCAGUCUCGGAAGAACCCCCAAGAGCAGAUGACAGUUCUGCGUAAUGCACUGAAGACUAGUAAAUAUGAUGCUGACCUGAUGCUUCAUUCAUCUGGAAUAUCAAUUAGUGCUGAAUUUGUGAAGGUUGAAGGCCGUGUUUUGCCAGCCCCAAAGCUACAAGUUGGCAAUGGACAGGAAUUUUUCCCUCGGAAUGGGCGUUGGAAUUUCAAUAACAAGACACUGGUAGAACCUGUGAAAAUAUGGCGCUGGGCUAUUGUCAACUUCUCUGCUCGCUGUGACAUUCGGUACCUCGUCAAUAGUAUGUUAAAGUGUGCAGAGAUGAAAGGAAUUACCAUGGAAGAUCCAUUUUUCAUAUUUGAAGAGAAUUACCAGAAUAGACGUUACCCAGCUCAUGUUAGAGUGGAAAAGAUGUUUGACGACAUUCCUUCCAAACCAAAACCACAGCUUCUGUUGUGUAUUCUUCCAGAGAGGAAGAAUUCUGACAUAUAUGGUCCAUGGAAAAGGAAAAAUCUUUCUGAGCGUGGGAUUGUAACACAGUGCAUUGCUCCUACAAAACUGAAUGAUCAGUACAUCACAAAUGUGCUCCUGAAAAUCAAUGCAAAGUUGGGCGGAAUGAAUUCCUUGCUAACAGUUGAGCGUUCUCCUUCUAUGCACUCAGUUUCUAAGUGGCCCACUCUGAUUUUGGGAAUGGAUGUGUCACACGGCUCACCUGGGCGGUCAGAAGUGCCUUCUAUUGCAGCAGUGGUGAGUUCCAGGAACUGGCCCUCCAUUUCUCAUUAUCGAGCUGCAGUUCGUACUCAAUCACCAAGAGUAGAAAUGAUUGCUUCUCUGUUCAAGCCUGUAUCAGAUAAAGAUGAUGAGGGCAUAAUCAGGGAACUGUUAAAAGACUUUUAUGCUUCUUCAAAGGGCAGGAAGCCUGAUCAGAUAAUUAUUUUCAGGGAUGGAGUGAGUGAAUCACAGUUCAACCAAGUCCUGAAUGUGGAACUGGAUCAGAUUAUUCAGGCCUGCAAAUUCCUUGAUGAGAGCUGGUCUCCGAAGUUCAUGGUUAUUGUUGCUCAGAAGAAUCAUCAUACAAAAUUUUUCCAGACUAAAUCUCCUGAAAAUGUGCCACCUGGGACGAUUAUCGACAACAAAGUUUGCCAUCCCAAGAACAAUGAUUUCUAUUUGUGUGCUCAUGCUGGGAUGAUUGGAACUACUCGGCCUGCUCAUUAUCAUGUUCUAUAUGAUGAACUUGGCUUUUCAGCCGAUAACGUGCAAGAACUUGUUCAUUCGCUUUCAUAUGUGUACCAAAGGAGCACUACAGCUGUAUCUGUAGUUGCUCCAAUCUGCUAUGCCCAUCUUGCUGCAGCCCAGAUUUCACAGUUCAUCAAGUUUGAUGAUAUGUCUGAGACUUCUUCAAGCCAUGCUGGUGGUGUGGCCGUGCCCGAGUUGCCCAGGCUUGACCCAAAAGUGAUCAAUUCCAUGUACUUUUGUUGAAGAUUUGGUUUCAAUUUCAUAUCUGUUUCUAAUAACUAAUAUUUGGCCUUGUGAUGGUACAUAUAUCCAUGUCUAAGAAUUAAAUCCUAAUCACAAUAUCAGGUAUGUAUAAUGUUGUCAAAGUAUUUCAGAUAUGAAAACAAAAAUACAUAUA